GUACGGACGUGGCGGCAUGAGCUCCGGCGAUAUCGGAGCGGCAUCAACGGCCCAGCUCGGUCGUGGUACCAGGAACAUGGACGAAUCGUCACAGGAUUAUCAGAUUAUUUUGCCCCGACUGCCAUCAAACGAUUCAACGCUGCAUACUGUCUUUUUGCACGCCGAUAUCAAGGCGCGGCCGUAUCGCGUUGAGGAUUUCAGGGACGCUCUUAUUCGUUUGGCUUUGCUUCCCGAGGUUGCUGCCUUGGGGGCGUACCAAAUGAAUCAUGUUUGGGCCAUCACUUUCAAGGACGAGGAGGGCAAGAAGAGAAUACUCGCUGCUGGGGACAUUGUGGUGAAGAACCAGCGCUGUAUCACUAUCGACCCUAACCACCAGGAUACGAAGCUGAAGAUACACUGGCUAUUGUUUAACGUUCCUGACGACGAGGUGAGGGCAGCGUUGGCUCCUUAUGGCAAGGUGAACGAAAUAGUGCGAGAGCGCUGGCGCGUGUAUGGAUGCACGGACAAAGGCUCUUCGACGCGAGUGGUGAGCAUCAGGCUUAAAGCUGGCCUCACGGUGGAUGACCUCCCACAUCAGUUGCGGAUUGCCGGAGACCUCACGCUAGUUGUCGUCGCGGGAAGAGCACCGCUAUGCCUGCGUUGCCGCGGAACAGGUCAUAUUAGGAGGGAUUGCCGAGCCCCACGUUGUACAGUGUGUCGGCGUUUUGGGCAUAAUGAGAGCGGCUGUAUGAGAACAUAUGCAAGUGUAGCAGGGCCCGCGGGGGGCGAAGAACUUUCCGAGCAUCACAUGGACGAGGCUGAAGCAGAAGAGCUGAUAGGGGCGCGUCGGGAGGAACCGAAACCCAAGUUGACGCCCCUUACGCCACGCCCCACAGGUGCUGAGACGACGCUUAACAAAGACAAGGGUUCUACAAAAGACGUGCAAUCCACGAGGAACACACAAGAUAUAACGGCGCUUGCAGCACAGGAAGAAAUGUCGGAAAACAUGGACACGUCAAAUACAUGUAAAAGGCCCAGGGAAGACGCGGAAGGCGAGAAGGCUGCUACAAUGAAAGAAGUGGAACAACCACCGGCCAAGGCGAUGAACGUGCGCCGUAGACCGGCACCUAACAUCCUCAGCGAACGUCGAAUAGCCGAGAACCUCCCACCAACCCAGGUGCAACAGACACAACCGCCGCAGCAGCAACCAGUGCCGAAUCAGCAGACAUUGCAUCAGCGACUGACAGAUCAUCAACAGAAGGGGCCUUCAGCGGGGCCCCCUUCAGAUCAAAAGCCCCCGUAAGGUGGGGGUCUGGAUUAAGUGACACAAGUAUUGACCCGGCGGAAGCACCAACAAAUGGAGCGCAGUGGUGAAGUGUGCAUAAUGUGCUGCGUGAAACGUGCGCGGCGCUCUACUUUUGUGAUCAAAAGAAAGGGGACCUAUCAGACCAUAUCGAACCUUGGACCUGAUGGUGAUAAAGGAGCAUCAGAGGUGAGAACCAUGUGGCCGGGACGGCCAUUCACGUCCUAAUGGCUAUGAGCGUCGAAGCAGAAUUGAGAGUUGCGACACUCAAUGUCAGGGGACUUGCCGCUCGACGAAGGCAGUAUCAAUUAAGUCGUUUGAUGCUUGAACGUGAUCUCGAUGUUAUUGCCAUUCAGGAAACAAAAGUUGAAGGGCAAGAUCAGACUGACCGAAUGGUGUCCCCUUUUAGAGCCCGGUAUGAUGUGUGUGUGUCUCAUGCCGUUGGAAUGUCGGCGGGUUGUGCACUGUUCCUUAAAAAUUCUAUUGGUAUAGUUGAGGAGACUGUAACUGUGUCUAGUACUGGGAGAUUCAUAGUUUGCGAUUUUACAUAUAAUAAUAAAAAAUGGCGAGUUGUCUGUGUUUACGCACCG